AUGUCCCUUCCAGUUGUGCAGUGCAUUGCCAGAGCUAGAAUUCCUACCACGCAUGGUCCAGAUAUCUUUCUGCACUUGUACACCAAUGACCGCGACAACAAGGAGCAUCUUGCCAUAGUGUUCGGGGAGGAUAUACGGUCGCGCACUUUGUUUCGCCAGUACCCUGGCGAAACGCAGCAGGACCGUAUGGUGCGCGGUGCCUAUGUCGGGAAGCUAUACCCGGGGAGAACUGUCGCUGAUGUCGACGAGAGGCUUGGGUUCAGGCUGGAGUUUGAUGCCGAGGGCAACCUGCUGACCAACAGCGCCACCACCUGGAGCGAGGAGAACGACACGCUGGUGCGUAUACACUCAGAGUGCUACACCGGUGAGACUGCGUGGUCCGCCCGUUGCGAUUGCGGUGAGCAGUUCGACAGAGCAGGGAAGCUGAUCUCCCUGGAUGAGGAGCCAGAGACACACAUCAAAGGUGGCUGCGGACACGGUGUGAUAGUGUACCUGAGACAAGAGGGCCGUGGUAUCGGCCUGAGCGAGAAGCUGAAGGCUUACAACUUGCAGGACUUGGGCGCAGACACCGUGCAGGCUAACCUGAUGCUGAAACACCCAGCAGAUGCGCGCGACUUCGGUAUCGGAAGAGCCAUCCUGAUAGACCUGGGCAUCAAGAACGUCAGAUUGCUGACCAACAACCCAGACAAAAUACAGCAGGUCUCUUACAAGGACCAACUAAGGUGCGUCGAAAGAGUACCCAUGAUCCCGAUCCACUGGACCGACGAAAGUAAAGGUAUCGACUCAAAGGAAAUCGAAGGAUACCUAAGGACUAAGAUAGAGAGAAUGGGCCACCUGCUACAGAAACCUCUAAACUUGCACACCCCUCAAGAGCAAGAAACAAUAUGA